GCCACUUCCGGCGGGGCCCGGGCCGAGGCGGAUCCGGCGGCGGCGGCGGCGGCGGCGGCAGGGCCCGGCCGGGGCCGGGCGGCGCAGCCCCGAGGAUGUCGGACGGGCUCCUGGGCAAGGCAGCGACCAUGGAGAUCCCAAUCAGCAGCAACGGCGACGCUGGCAGCCUGCCCGAGGAUGACGGCCUGGAGCAGGACCUGCAGCAGGUGAUGGUGUCGGGACCCAACCUGAACGAGACCAGCAUCGUGUCGGGCGGCUACGGGGGCACGGCCGAGGGCAUCAUCCCCACUGGUGCCAUCAAAGGCUCAGCGCUGCACCAGCCCCAUGCCAGCCCCGUGCCUGGGGGGGACGAGCUGGUGCGUGGCAUUGCCGUGGAGAAGUUGGACAUCGUCAAGAAGUGGAGCAUCAACACCUACAAGUGCACCAAGCAGCUGCUGUCGGAGCGCUUCGGGCGCGGGUCGCGCACGGUGGACCUGGAGCUGGAGGCGCAGAUCGAGCUGCUGCGCGAGACGCAGCGCAAGUACGCGGGGGUGCUGCAGCUGGCGCGGGCGCUCUCCGCGCACCUCUGCGGCCUGCUGCAGACGCAGCGCGCCCUGGGCGAGGCCUUCGCCGACCUCAGCCAGAAGUCUCCCGAGCUGCAGGAGGAGUUCGGCUACAACGCGGAGACGCAGCGGCUGCUGUGCCGCAACGGCGAGAGCCUGCUGGGCGCCCUCAACUUCUUCGUCUCCAGCACCAACACCCUGGUGCACAAGACCAUGGACGACACCCUCAUGACCGUCAAGCAGUACGAGGCUGCCAGGCUGGAGUACGACGCGUACCGCACGGACCUGGAGGAGCUGAGCCUGGCACCGCGGGAUGCCAGCAGCCUGUGCCGCCUGGACGCGGCCCAGAGCCACUUCCAGAGCCACAAGGAGAAGUACGAGAAGCUGCGGGCAGAUGUGGGCAUCAAGCUCAAGUUCCUCGAGGAGAACAAGGUGAAGGUGAUGCACAAGCAGCUGCUGCUGUUCCACAAUGCCAUCUCCGCCUACUUCGCUGGCAACCAGCAGCAGCUGGAGCAGAGCCUCAGGCAGUUCAACAUCAAACUGCGGCCCCCGGGCGCCGAGAAGCCUUCCUGGCUGGAGGAGCAGUGACCCCCCGGGACCCCCCUGGCUGGAGGAGCAGUGACCCCCCCGGGACUCCCCUGGCUGGAGGAGCAGUGCCCCCCCCCGUGCCCCUGGACUCCCCCGGGACCCUCCUGGGGGCUCCUGCCCCUGUACCCCCUAGGACCCCUGCCCAGCUCCAGCCCUGCCCCUCCUUGGGCGGUGGCCCCGGGGGGGUCUGGGGGCUUUGGGUUUCCACACUGACCCCGGGAGGGGGGCACAGGGUCCCCACGGGGGGGCUGUGGGUCCCCAAGGUGUCCCUGGGGAGGGUCUCUGUGUCCCCAGUCCUGCCCCCUGCGGUGCCAGGGUCCGCCCCAGUAGCUGCUCUUGCACUCCUCCUCCCCCCGCCCCGCACUCCCUCCCCCGUGGGUGGGCUCUCUUGGGGGGCGUCACAGAGUCCACAUCCCCCCAGGGCCUGAUUUGGGGUGGGGCUGGGGCGGGUCUGUGCACCUCUGUCCCGAGGGGGGUCCAACCAGGGACCAAUAGCUGGGGGCUGUGGCCUGGGGGGGCUGUGGCCUGGGGCUGCUCCGACCCCAGAGGGGCUCUGUCCCGGGGGUCCCAGCCCCCCCCCCGCACUUGGGCACUUUUGAGGCAGAACCUGAGAGUUUUGUGGCAUCUCCCCCCCGCCCCCCCCGCCCCUCCCCAAUAAACUGGUACCAGUCGGA